GGUCAAUGACAAGUCAACACGAACGAAGUUUUGUCGGGUUUGUUUAUCUUUCUUGAAAAUAAAUUUCUGUCGAGAUAGUUUGCAGCGGGCCUUGGUAGUGUUUUAGUGCAAUAAGUCAUCUACAAACGCUGCAAAAGCUGCUGGAUGUUUUGUUGCUGUUCUAAUCAAGAGGACUACGGAAAAGGUCCGAUGGCUGCGAUUAGAAAAAAGCUGGUGAUUGUUGGUGAUGGGGCCUGCGGAAAAACGUGCCUCUUAAUCGUGUUUAGUAAAGAUCAGUUCCCCGAAGUGUACGUGCCCACCGUCUUCGAGAAUUAUGUGGCGGACAUAGAAGUGGACGGUAAGCAAGUCGAGCUCGCAUUAUGGGAUACCGCAGGACAGGAGGAUUACGACCGUCUGAGGCCCCUCUCCUACCCGGACACGGAUGUGAUCCUAAUGUGCUUCUCGGUGGACUCGCCAGACUCCCUGGAGAACAUCCCCGAGAAAUGGACUCCAGAGGUCAAACACUUUUGUCCAAAUGUGCCAAUUAUCUUGGUAGGUAACAAAAAGGAUCUCCGCAACGAUCCCAAUACCAUUAGUGAACUUAAAAAGAUGAAACAGGAGCCUGUCAAGCCGCAAGACGGUCGGUCCAUGGCUGAGAAAAUCAAUGCUUUCGCUUACUUGGAGUGUUCAGCUAAGAGCAAGGAGGGUGUACGAGAAGUGUUUGAGAACGCCACGCGUGCCGCACUGCAGGUGAAAAAGAAGAAGAAGCACCGCUGCGUCAUGUUCUGAGCCACCAAUACUAUAUAUUUUAUAUUAUUAAUAAUAAUCGUUACGUGUGUUUAUUAAUUUCAAGGGGGCUUCUGCAUGAUGUAUCGACUAACAAAAUAAACCCCUUAUUUUCUCUUUACUCCUGUUUUGUUUAAAAUCCUCUCCCAUCUGUGGAUGACACGUUGCUCUUAGGUUAUAUUUUUAUAUGUAACAUUAUAAUCGUAUCUCUAUCUAUCAUGUAUACAGAAAUGGUGGUAAAUCUAAGUGUCCAGUGCACAAACUCUUGUUCAGAAGUUCACUUAACAGUAUCCUUAGUUUGUAGAUUGUUUUCAAAAUUAUCUUUUAGUAUUAUGCAUUUUUGUGUUUAACAAUGUUUGUAUCGCCCGAGAUCCGUUGACUUUCCACACAAAAGUUAACGCUUGUAAAUUUGAGGAUAAUUUUCCGUUUUACGUAUUCUCAGAACUAAUUUUAUUCGUGGGCAACUCAUCUUAGUAUAUUGUAUGCGGGUUGCCUCUAAUUGUAAUAGCUUUAACUUUUUCCAUAUAUUGUAUCCUAAAAGUAAAUAAAAUUGUUUUCCUAUA